CCGAAAAAGCGUCCGAUGGGAGAGGACGACGGUACGGAGCGGCGUAGCUGCGGCGGCGUCGGACGCACGUUUUGAUUGCAAUUUCAGCCGGGCGGCUGGUAGCGCACACGGGUACAUGGCGCGGUCAGCGAAAGAUGUGCCACGAUGACACGCGCUUCUCGUCGGCGGGAUAACCGGCCGGGCCCGGCGGCGGCGUGCUGCGCUCCCCAUCUUCAUCUCGUGACGACUGUGCGGUGGUUGUGUGUGUGGUGGCCCCUUCAGGCGAUCCUGCUUCUGUGCGCGGGGACAUGCGGCUCGGCCGACGUGGAUGUGGUGGCCACUUGUUACGCCGACUGCGGAUCGCGCCUGUUGGUGGAAGAAGAGAGCUUCAACGUGGUGUGCGACGCGGACUGCCGGUUACGAAAGUGCCGAGAUGGUUGUGACAAGUGGCGAUACCCAUCGUCAUGUGAUCAUGUUUGCAAUAAGACGGGCUCCUCUCAUGGAAAGGACCUGUUCUGUCUCAUGGGAUGCAACCUGGCAGUUACGGAGUACCUACGACAUAUUAAAGCACAAAUCGGCCAGCCACAGCCGCCUUACCUGGUGGCCGACUCGCGAACCCACGACACGGUGACCAUUCGCUGGAAGACGUCACCGCUGGCGCCAAACGUCACCUACCUGGUGCAGUGGAAGUACGAGGCCCUGCCUAGCGACUGGGAGUACUACCGGCCUGACCUCCCGCUCGCCAAGAACGUGCUGCGCAUUCAGGGACUCAGACCCUACACCAAAUACAGGUUCCGGGUUGCCUGGAUCCUUCUGCCAAACCAGAGUCCCCUGUUUUCGCAGCCGAGCGUCGUGAUAUCUACAGAGCCACAUGGAGUUCCUUCGACCCCACCAAAGAUCACCAGCCUCACUACUGUCGGCCCUCGGAGCAUCGCGGUCAGUUGGGACCCUCCGCUGUUCCCCAACGGUCCGAUCCUCUCCUACGCUCUCUACCUCGUGGAACAGCCCAGCGGCUUUACAACUGUCAAGGACGUCUCGGACGUGUCCGGAGGCCUGUACUUCAUGUUCAGUGGCCUCCGACCGGAGGUUCUGUACACCGUGUCGGUGGCCACCAACAACAACCUCGGCAUGGGACCGGCGGACAAGCGCAACAUCACGACACCGCCACAGAGCGUGAGCAACAUGAUACCAAUACCCGAACCGUACCUCAUCAUCGCGACAAAAUGGCAAGUGCUGAGACAAGGACUGAGCAUCCUGGACCCACCGGUGGCAGAAUUCUACACUCCGUCACAUUCUGUAGAUAUAACUGGCGUCGCCAUGCACGUGUCCCAGAACGUGCUCUUUGUGGCCGACAGCUCGGGCACCAUCUACCGCGUCGACCUCUCGGAAAAGUUUCGCUACAGCCCCAUCAUGCACAACGCCUCUAGUCAUCCCGGUCUCCUAUCGGUCGAUUGGUUGAGUCAGCUGCUCUACAUACUCGAAGACGGCCAGAUAACCCGGUGCAACUUCACUGGACAGGAUUGCAGAACGGCCGUGUGGGGAUUUGACAAAAGACCAAGUGAAAUGAAGGUUGAUCCCUACAACGGCUACCUUUAUUGGGUCCUCCAAAAUGGCACCACGGGAGGCCUCUACCGCAUCGACCUCGCUCGCAUCGUCAAGAACGCCGCGGCGAGACAAGAGGCGCAGCUUCUGGUCAAGGACACCGACCUGAGGACGUUCGUGGUCGACUACAAGAACUACCGGUUGCUGCUGCCCAAAAAGUCGCAGAACACCGUCGUGUCGGUGUCGCUGUCGGCUGGCGACGAGACCGACGUGCGUCGCAACUCGCAGCGUCACCAGUUCACUGACGUUCGCCGGCUGGACUCGCACGGCGGCAACCUGUACUGGACCACGGCCGCCGAAGCCUUCGGCGAAGAGUACCACGACAAGGGAGACAAGUUCUACCACAACAAGUACACCGUCGAGGGACAGCCGCUCGUCUACCUGGGCGUGUUCCAUCCGCUCUCGCAGCCAUUCCCUGUUCCUGUCAACCCAGUUCAAGGGGUACAAGCCAUUUUCAAGGAGGAUCUAGCUAAGAUUGCUUGGGAAAAACCACGACUUCUUGGGGGAUUGGGUGCCGGCUCAUGGCAGGAGUGGCUGUACGAGGUUCGCGUGCAAGACCAGUCAACGCAUGUGUACAUCUACGCGAUGAACAUCAGCGACACGACGACUACGGUGCGCAACCUGAGGCCCGACACCGCCUACUCGGUCAAAGUGCGCGCCUACAGCCCCGGCGGAAGGGGACCCUGGUCCGUCGACUUCGUGGGACGCACUCUACGCAAGCCCUCCAAGCAAGGCUACCCUUACAUGCUAUGGAGCGCCAACGAGGCCCUGCUCAAGUCCGAUAUCGUGGGCGACAGUGUGCAGCCUCUGAUCCACUGGAGCAGCCUCAACGGAGCCUACAUUACAGACAUAGCUUGGUAUCAAAACCAGCUGUUCCUGAACACGAACACCUCUACGGUCUACACAUACAACAUCUCGUCUCAUUUUUCCCUGGAGCGACUGCCCAACAUAAGCCACGCGGCUGCAGUGGCAGUCGACUGGUUGGCACCGAAAUUGUACUGGUCGAGUCCACUGAGACAAAUGAUAUCCCGUUCCAACCUGGACGGAACUCACCCCGAGGCGCUUCCUUUUUUAACGAUGGCUCAAGAGAUAGCCGUCGACUCGCUGGCCGGCUAUCUCUACUGGGCUACUUCGCACAGCGUGGAAUGUUCACGCCUCAACGGCGACGACAGGCUUUCUUUCUUUCAGACUGGACUCUUCUCCGGAAAGCAAGUUAUGGGGCUAACGCUAGACGUCGGCAACAGAAAAGUUUACUGGAUGGUUAGGAGCUUCGAAGGUUCCAAACUUUUUCAAGCCCCCAUGAGAAAAGAUGUCCAGGACAACCACAUCGCCGGGAAGAUCAUCGGACCUCUUAGCGAAAGUGAAAUGAAGGGACCCGUCUGGUACUUCAGCGACCGCCUCUACUGGAUCCACCAGGAGAAGCAGGCGGUCAUCUCCAACAUGCUCGGUCAGAGCGUCGCUACGCUCAAGGGCCUGGGUCUCUUCGAACUCAAGGCUUUGGCCGUGGUCGAUUCUUCACUGCAGCCCUAUCCAGGUGGCAUGGACAAAGCGGUGGUGAACGUCGUCCCUUCGCAAAUAAUGCCGGAGGGAAUCCAGGUGAUCGGCACGUGGGAAAACUUCACGAUCAUCUGGCCCUUGGAGACCGAGGUCAACUACGGCAAAGUUCAGUACGAGCUCAGGAUCAAGGACGACCGCGAAGUCUACACUCAGGUGACGGAAGCGAAUCGUUUCGUGUAUCCCUCGUCAAGUCUCCUGAGACCCUACACUCGGCUCGAGAUCGUAGUAAGGGCCUACACGUUCUGGGCGUCUUCGAGGCCGACGACUACAGUGAUUUACUCGCCAAUGUCAGUGCCCACGGAGCCUCUGCAACCACGCGUAUUCGUGAGCCACAAGUCGUCGCCGCUGCGACAGCGCUCGGUCAUAGAAGCCGAGUUCCGUUGGGCGAGGCCGCAACACCCGAACGGCGUGAUCGAGAGCCACCGCGUCAACUGCUGGUUCUACAAGGACGGUACCAUCAGCACGCUGUGCCGCAACGUACGCGUCUCCGGUGACGCCCUGCAUUACCGCAUCACCGACCUGCUACCCAACACCACGUACUACUUUGAGGUCGGUGCGGCAACGCGCGCUGGCGAAGGCCCCAUGAGCGAGUUGGUGCAAAUGAGCACGGCCCGCGAACACCCCGUUCCGCGGCUGCUGCUUGCCAAGACCGACGCCGUCAAGCUGAGCGACGUGGACCUUCACCAGGAGAGGCUGCUCUCGAGCAAGGCCAGCCGACCCGUGGCACUGGCCUACCUGGGACAGGACGGGCGCGUCUUCUGGCUCGAAGAGAAAGGCCUACUCAUGGCCUCAGCGCUGGACGGAUCCAACAUCAGCGUGGUGCACAGCCUCCCGUCAGCGGGCACAAGCCUUGCCAUCGACUGGGUUGGUCGGUACUUGUACUGGACGGAGAACAAGCGUUCCACGGGACAGAGUUCCAUCAUCGUCAUGGACCUCAACCAAGGACACAACUUCUACAGCGUCCUCAACACCAGCGAACACAUAAACUCCGUGGAAGUCGACCCUUUCACCAGCACUCUCAUCUACACUGUGACCAACGAGCGCGGAGCCACCACACUCAUGGUGUGCGACACGGACGGCUCGAACCCGCGCCGAUUCUUCAAGCGGUUGCACGCGGGAAAUACGAGCUCUAUCGGUCGUCCAGAAUCCAGAAGGCGGCGCGACCGCUACUCGUGCACCUGCGACCCACACUCGUCCGUGGGACAGGCGGUCACCCUGGACAGGUCGGUGAAGACCGAACCUCGGCUGCUGUGGGUGGACGGCGACCACGGUCACGUGUGGUCGGCCGACCUGGAAGGCUGCAACUGCACCAUGAUCGUGAACGCCACCGAGGUCAAGGACGUUGGUUUGCCCCCGACGUCUCUCACCGCUGACAAGUUCUUCAUCUAUUGGUCAAACUCGUCGACGGACAAGAUUUACAGCUUCGACAAAUCCAAGCUGGCUGUUGUCUCGGACUCGUCUCCUGAAGGCGCCGACACACAUGGCCCGCAGAAGCGACGUGUCCAGUCCGAAGCUGCUCGAGGAAUCCGCGGCAUACGGGCCAUCGGCGAUCACCUCCAGCCUUAUCCUGACGCCGUGUGCUUGUCACCCCCGGACAACGUGACCGCGCCAACGCUCGUUUCGGCCUCUUCGCACCAGUUGGUCAUCAAGCUACCCGAGCCUGUGCGACCAUCUGUUUGUCGGAAGGUUUCAAUGGCUUCCAUCAAGUACACGCUGUUCUACGGCUUGAUUACUCCAGACAACGUCUGGCAGUGCUCCGAGUCUCUCUACGGAUGCAGGACGCUGGAAACGUACAACACAACGGUUAUCCUUAAGGAUCUCCUUCCGUUCACAAAGUACACGGUCCGGGUGGCGAUGAGCAACUUCUACAGCAUCGGAAUGUCCAGUCCCGGACCAAACGCAAUCUUCCAGACUGCGGAAGGAGCUCCCAGCGAACCGAUCCUGGUCCAAGUGGAAGCCUUGACUCCCACUCGCAUAGCGGUCCAGUGGCGUCCUCCGAUUAAACCCAACGGUCACCCGCUGUCGUACGAGGUGCGCUGGUACCGCGAGGGCAGCGUCCACAAGUGGCACUCCAUGUCCUACCUGACGGGCACGCCCAUCGACGACCGCUCGUUGAGCUACAGGAUGCUUCUUAAGGACAUGGCGCCUGGAACCAAGUACAGCAUCCUGGUGAGAGCUUACUCACGGAAAGGUGACAUGCACAGUGACAGUGAGUUGCUCUCCGUCACCACCUUCGACUUGCCCGGUAACCUGACGCUGGCUCGCGUGACAUCGCGCGAAAUGGACCUCACGUGGACAGCACCGAGUGAACCCGUUAUACUGAGCCACAGGGUCGAGUACCUCAAGCCGAGCACCUCCGAGUGGCGGUACUUCACGAGCGAAGCGACGCAGGCGAACCGAACGUACAUCUACCCUCUGCGCAAGCUCCUGCCCAGGACCCGUUACUCGCUGCGCAUGGUGUUGACCUACCGCAGCUCGCUCAACGACAGUUUCCCGUGGCCUCCGAUGGGACACUUCGCCUUCCAGACCCUCGCCGACAGCCCCGGCAAGGCGACGCCUCCCGAGGUGUCCCUCCUGGGCAAGGACCUCUUCCAGGUCCGGUGGGGCGAUGUGCCCCGCAACGGCGGCGAGCUACUCAUCUACGAGUUGCAAGUCAGGACCGUGGACGUCGUUGCUGAGCAACGAACGGAGGACGGCAGCUCUCCGACAGUCCCCAGCCAAUCAGCCUGGGUCACGGCUUACAACAGUAGCGUGAACCACUGGAUCAUUCGGGACCUGCAGGCUCAGCACAAAUACGUGUUCCGGGUUCGGGCCCUGAACGAGUACGGUGAAGGAGAGUUCAGCGAACCCAGCGAGCCUUUCGAACUGCCGGAGCCCGGAGCUGUUAUCGACAUUGCAUACAGCCCUGUCAGAAAGAUCAUAAUCUUCGCAUUCCUUGGCAUCCUGCUGUUUGCCAGCGUGAUCGUGCUGUCUCUGUACAUUGUUUACAAGAGGAGGCAGAAGGAAAAGAAAGUUCUUCAGGAUAACGUUCGUGAUCUCCGGCCGGACCUUGAGUUGGCGACGCUCAGCGAACUGCCUCGCAACGGAAAUUUCAUUCAACAGAACAACGCUCUGUAUGCGCUCGGAGACUUACCUUUAGACGAAGAGCUCGCUUCUGUGCCUCUUAUCGAGAGGGAUCAGAUAAUACUUACGAAGUUCCUUGGAAGUGGAGCCUUCGGCGAAGUCUACGAAGGAAUUGCCCACAGCCUCGGAGGAGAAGGCAUGCCACCAACCAAAGUUGCUGUCAAGAACCUUCGGAAAGGUGCCACAGAGCAGGAAAAGGCCGAAUUCUUGAAGGAAGCGAAACUCAUGAGCAACUUCAAACACGAACACAUCCUGAGGUUACUCGGCAUCUCUCUGGACAACAGCCUGCACUUUAUUAUACUUGAACUCAUGGAAGGAGGAGACCUUCUGUCCUACCUUAGAAGCAAUCGACCAGUCGCAGGAGAGAGGUCGCCCCUGACAUUAAACGACCUUCUCAGCAUAUGCGUCGAUGUGGCCAAGGGCUGCAAAUACCUCGAAGACAUGCACUUCGUGCACAGGGAUCUUGCGGCGAGGAACUGUCUCGUGUCGAGCACGGACCCCGCCCAGCGCGUGGUGAAGAUCGGCGACUUCGGGCUGGCGCGAGACAUCUACAAGCACGACUACUACCGCAAGGAGGGCGAGGGACUGCUGCCCGUGCGAUGGAUGCCGCCGGAGUCACUCGUAGACGGCGUCUUCACCAACCACUCGGACGUCUGGGCAUUUGGUGUUCUCUUAUGGGAAGUCAUGACGAUGGGCCAGCAGCCUUAUCCGGCUAGAAAUAAUCUCGAAGUCCUCCACUACGUCCGCGAAGGAGGGCGUCUUGACAAUCCAGACAACUGCCCCGAUGACCUCCACGAACUCAUGCUUAGGUGCUGGUCAUACAAUCCGGAAGAAAGACCCGAUUUCGCGUUUUGCUUGGAUACCUUGGAGUUUCUGCGAGAGAAAUACCAGGCUCUCGCGAGCAUCGCUACGGCUGUCCACAAUCACAACUAUAUUGGACAGUCCUUCACAGGUCCUAGCAAAGUUCUGAGCACUCCGGAGCAGAAUUCGCUGCUUAUGGCUCAAGAAUCGGACUGCUUGAGCAUUUCCAGCGAUCCAGCGACAACACAGUUGCCACUGCUGCAACACAGUCGGUACGACGCAUCGCCCUUAACGCCGACCGACAUGAACGACAAUGCGACGCGGUACCUGCAGCUGCUUUGCGACAACGAACCCGCGGUUGACGCCGACGGUUACGAGGUCCCGCUGCCGCCACCGCCAAACCACGUCCAGUCUUUUCGGCAAGCCGGAGGCGGCGUGGAAACGUCUUCUCUGAGGGUCACGUCAAAGCCGAGGGCUCCUCUUCCUAUCGCGGCCACGCGGUCUUCGCGCCUGAAGGCAACACCGCCUCCGGCGCUCUCUUUUCCCAGCAUGUCGCCGCCGGCAGUUCCGCGAGCGAACCACAUGACCGCCGGCAAGGAACAGAGCCGGAGUAGGGAGUCGCUGCUGAACGGCGACCAACGCCACAGCGAGGGCGACGGCAGCAACGACUGCGGUCGGAGGUCACCCACCGUCACGUCGGCGCUUCUCAAGUCGCCCAAGAGCAGCUGCUCCGAGUCGGACUCGGUGGAAGGCGGGACGGCCCCGACGUACGACCCGAUCGAGACCCUCAAAGAGAUCUUCGCGCGCGGCGGCGGUCGAGGAAGGGAGACGGCGGAUGCCCAGGGUUGGUCGCUGUCCACGUCUUCCACGGCGCCGUGUACGCCUUGUACGACGAGCGGGGACGACUCCGCUCCGGCGAGCCACCGCAACAGCGGCAGUGGAAUCUCGUCGCUUUCGGCCACGUCGGCCAUGGAGUUGGACUACAUGCCUAAGUCGUCGUGGUGCUGAGAACCGGUGUGUGUGUGUGUGUGUGAGUGAGUGCGCGAAGUGAACUUCGAGCGCGAAGCUGUGGCAGACUUGAGUGGCCAGGCUGAAUCACGGUGGGACCUGGGAGCACGUGUCUUUGUGGUACGUCUUAUCGCCAGGACUGAAAGGGACAAAUCAGUGCAGUGUUUUAAGCCUACCACGGCGAAAAGGUGGCAAAAACAACUAUUUUUUUUAUUUCUCUGUUUAUUUUGGGAGUCGUCUUGUGGACUUGGAGACAGGUGCAUUUAGCACUUGCACAACAACGAUUUCUAUCACUGUUAGAUGUCAAAUACAAUGGGCGAUUGCCUUGUGGGACUGAAGUGAAUGGACAGAAUUUUAGAUAAGUUGCAACGACGCAGUUCAAAGAAACUCUUCUCAUUUACAGGGACCGAACAUAGCAUGAGCAUGUCCAACAUGGAUGCAGGGAGGUGUCCAUUAUGAGCGGACCAAUUCCGGUUAGUUUUUGAUAUCGGUGACUUCUACUGUGUUCAGUCAUAAGGAAUAUAGUUUCCUUCCAGCGCCACACGAUGCAGAGAGUCUUGAUGGGCGAUGAAAAGUCAGCUGCAUUUGAAUUCUUCAUUGCUGAAACCUCUUGUCACCAAAUGUUGCCAACAUUUGUCGGUGCAUAUUCAGUGAAAGCCAAAAGCAGAGCGUCUACGUCAAAGUGACACGAACGGACACAAAAGGUACCGCGUUAUGAACCACGUGUACUUGUUUUUUAAGCAUGAAAUGCUUUUAGCUCCCGUCGCCGGCGGCCUUAAAGUGACCUUAACUAAAUGUCAUCGCCGUUAUCUGGGCACUGACACGAGAAUAUACGGGGUCUUAAAACGAGAAAUCCGGGUACUCUAAUGAGAUCAUCCGGGCAUCGCUGCGAGAACGGUACGAGACAUCCGAGCAAUCAGCCAAAAAGUUUUUAAAAUGCUUACGUUUACUCUACCUCUGUACGGGGCACUCUCGUAUGGCGACGUCGUCUUGUUUCGGUCACAGUUUUGACUAUAAAUCUUUGUUUGUCAUGCCAAAGUCAGAUACGUAUAUAGGAAACCUAUGGUGCUUGGUAAACUCCUAAGAGUCUUGCCUGUGUACAAAUAUAUAUUUAAUAUGCCUUUGCUCUCGCCACUCUAAGGGCACAUACGUGUAUCAUAUCUUUUCAAUCACAACAUUGUCAUCCUUUACCUGGUAGUUGUUUUACGUUUUCUGUGCGGCACCCCGUCUAUCAGGGGUGUGCUUCAGCGGUGGUCUUGGGGGAAUGUACGUUUUAUGUAAAUAAUAUAGAUCUGAAAAUAUAUAUGUGAUGCUUAAAAUCAAACUAGAUAUACCAACAAAUGAAUUUCAUCUGUGUGUGUGUGUGUGUGUACAUACGUAUGUUCUGUAAAUUGUCUCUUUUAGCUGUAUAGAAACCUCGCAUGCAUCUAUGUCUUCUGAAGCCGCUGAGUUAUACUAUAGGUCACAUUGUUUGCAAGCGUGACGAUAUUUUAGCCGCACAAAUUUAUUUGACCAACUUCGCGUAAUUACAGGCCCAGUGUAGGAGCCUAAGGUUACUAAAAUUGUAGGCGUCGAAUAUGGCGCUGUUUUAUUGUUUGUUCCAGUUCCUAAAUUAAAGAGGUCCCAACAAGCCUUACGUUGUUGGUAUUUGACUUGC